AUGAGCAAAACAGCUACCCGGGCUACGGCCAGGGACAAAGUCCUCUCGAGGCGCGAGAUUGAAGGUAUGAUUGCCGACAACAAGACAAUCAUCAUCGUCGAUGGUAAAGUGCUACGACUGGAUGGCUGGAUCAAAUUUCACCCCGGUGGCUCCUUGGCCAUCAAGCAUAUGGUUGGCAAAGAUGCUACCGACGAAGUCAAUGCCCUCCACUCACAAGAGGCACGUCAACGCAUGAGCAAGUUCCAGAUUGGCUCCAUUGAGGGAAGAUGGACCAACUUUCUUCCUCCUAUUCAAGGUGGUCAGUUCCGCCCAUACAAAGGCGAUGAAUUUGAAGAUGGUGAUUUUUCAAGCUCAGAAUUAUCUGAAGAGCUUUCACCUCCGCCAUCUCCCAUUUUCGACGCAGAAGACGCCGGGUUAAGACGCAGACCUUCGAUCUCAUCCUUAUCCUCCGCAGUCAGCAGCAUACCCCCUUCAGCAGAAGAAGUCAAGGUCGAAGAAUCAAAAGGUGCCUACGUGAUGGACGCUCGAACUCAGGCCGAGAUUCUGCUGGAUGAAUCCAAGUAUCCUCCUCUCACAGCCGAAUACCAAGAAAACAUCACCCAGAAAUAUCGCCAGCUCAACGAGCGCAUUCGUGCAGCAGGUCUGUACAACUGCAACUACUCCGCCUAUGCCAUCGAAAUAUCUCGAUACAGUCUCCUCUUCGGCCUCUUUCUCUUCUUCCUGAACCGGUCCUGGUUCUGUCUCUCCGGCCUCUUCUUAGGAUGCUUCUGGCACCAAUUAGUCUUCUCCGCCCAUGAUGCUGGCCACAUGGGCAUCACACACAACUUCCAAGUUGACACCACCAUCGGCAUGAUCAUCGCAGACUACCUGGGCGGCCUCAGUCUAGGCUGGUGGAAACGGAGUCACAACGUCCACCACAUCGUGACCAACUCCCCAGAGCACGACCCGGACAUCGAGCUGAUGCCUUUCUUCGCUCUAUCUCAUCGGUUCUUCGGUAGUCUGCGCAGCACAUACUACGAACGGAUCAUGGCCUAUGAUGCCGUGGCUCAGGUCACCGUCAAAUACCAACACUACCUUUACUACCCAAUUCUCCUCUUCGGCCGCUUCAACCUCUACUUCCUGAGCUGGGAACACAUCAUCGUCGGCCGUGGACCCCGCCACGGCGCUGGCUGGUGGCACCGAUGGUUCGAACUCGCCGGCCAAAUCUUCUUCUGGACCUGGUUCGGCUACGGUGUCGUCUACCUCAGCAUCCCCAACUGGUGGAGUCGAAUCGCCUUCGUCCUGAUCUCCCACAUGGUCACCGCGCCGCUGCAUGUGCAGAUUACCCUCUCACACUACGCGAUGUCGACCGCCGAUCUCGGUCCCCGGGAAUCUUUUCCCCAGAGAAUGCUCCGCACCACCAUGGACGUGGACUGUCCGACGUGGUUGGACUUUUUCCACGGUGGGCUUCAGUUCCAGGCCAUUCAUCAUUUGUAUCCCCGUAUCCCGAGACAUAAUCUGCGCAAGACGCAGGAGUUUGUGAAAGAGUUUUGUGAGGAUGUGAAUAUUCCAUAUGCCGUUUUCACUUUUUAUGAUGGAAACAAGGAGGUGAUUAGUAGGCUUGGACAUGUUGCUAAGCAGGCACGGAUUCUGGAAGAGUGUCGGAAGAAGUGUGCUGAGCAGGGUAUUUUUGCGGAUCAUCAUCAUUGA